AUGGGCCAGUGGCUAGCGUCCGCGUUCAAGUCGCUCCUGGGCAAGCAGGAGGUGCGAAUCUUGAUGGUGGGCCUUGACGCUGCCGGGAAGACGACAAUUCUGUACAAGCUCAAGCUUGGCGAGAUCGUCACGACAAUUCCCACGAUUGGGUUCAACGUGGAGACGGUGGAGUACAAGAACCUCAAGUUCACCAUGUGGGACGUCGGCGGCCAGGACGUCCUGCGCCCGCUGUGGCGCCACUACUACCAAAACACCAACGGCCUCAUCUUCGUCGUGGACUCCAACGAUAGGGAACGCAUUGGCAAGGCGCGACAGGAGCUGGAGAAGAUGCUUACAGAGGACGAGCUGCGCAACUCCAUUCUCCUCGUAUUUGCAAACAAGCAGGACUUGCCCAACGCCAUGAGCACGACAGAGGUGACGGAAAAGCUCGGACUGCAGUCGGUGCGGCAGCGCAACUGGUAUAUUCAGGGAUGUUGCGCCACCUCGGCCCAGGGCCUGUACGAGGGCCUGGACUGGCUUGCCGCAAAUAUUAAGAAAACCACAUAA